AUGGAGGAGUUGUUCUUUGAAUCUGAGGACCUGUUUAAUAAUCGUGGGUCUUCGCCAGUGACCCUGGUGUCAGGGUCGCUGCUCGGCAGCAACGCCCAGGUGGUGAGCCUCCCCUCUGACGGCUACGACCCGGCGGCUGGCCUGGCGGUGACGGUGACCGGCUGGGGAAGGACGAGGACCGGCGGGCCUGCAGCCUCCACCCUGCAGAAGGUCGACAUCAGCAUCUCGGACCGCUCCUACUGCCAGAGCUUUUUCUCUUCCGUGGUGACCCCGCGGAUGGUGUGCGCUGGUCAGGCCGGCAAGAGUGUCUGCAACGGAGACUCUGGCGGCCCCCUGCUGCAGCAAGAAGGGUUUGGACUUUAG